GGUCGAAAGAAAAAUUACACAAAUUAGUUUGAGAGGAAAAUUAUUCCUGAUUUUGAAUUGAGAUAUUUAUCUGUUAGCUUCAUCUCGAGGAUCAUUUAGGGCUUUUGUUCUGUCGAAUUUUCCAGUUUUACUCCUACUUGGAAGGACUUGGAACAACUCUCGGCCUCGGCCUGUCGCGGUGGAGCCCUUCCUUUCCCUUCAGGAAUUCGUUGCCGUCAGAAGGAAUCAGAACGAAAGGCUAUAUUUAAUUUGUAGUUUCUCUGGUUUGGGCUGAAGUCCCAUUUACAGUGGCAAGCCUGUGAAUGAAUGAGGUCAGUGUGCUUAGCAUGGACGAAGUAGUGGGUGGGGCGACCCAGUUAGGUGCUGUAGAGGGUGCACACCUCCAAAGCAAAGAGAGUGAGUAUUCUCGGAAAUCUGAAAGGUGCAACAUUUUGGAAUCUGGGGAAAUGUUUAUACCUGGAGAGGGAGACUAUUCCCAAAUUCCACCCCAAGAAUUUACAGUCCAAGAGGGUAAGAAUGUGAAUAGGAGUAUCAACCAUGGGAAUGGAUUGGAACAUCCCCAUGCUACUCCUUGCUCUAUUGAUGACACUGGUGUCAUGGUUGAAGAGUUGAGAGUGACUAAUUACAAGGGCUCGAACUUGGCAAUCGUCGGUACGUCAAACAAUCGAGAAAGAAUGCAGACUAGGAAAAAUCAAUGGCAGCAUCUUUAUAGUGGAUCAGGAGGUGGGAAUUCACAUGCUGCUACUAUACACAGGGACAAUGGUCCGUCGAUGCCAAGUUUCUGGGAGGAUAUGGAAUGUGCGUCUUUUCCGGAAUUAUUGGCUCAAAAAGCAUCUGGUGAUGAUCGAAAUGAUAAAUUGGAACAGUUUCCAAAUGCUGAAAAUGAAGGGGCAUUGGGCAACAAUCAUGGAGGUAUCCGAACAAAGAUUUUAUCGAAAUCAGGGUUUUCUGAGUUUUUUGUUAAACAGACAUUGAAGGGAAAAGGGAUCAUCCAUAAAGGUCCUCCUCGUCAGGGCUUUCAUGUUGAGCCAAGAGAUCAGAAUAAUUUGAAGAUAGCAGGUAGUACUAUGGUGGCUUCCGAUGUAUCACAGUCUUUGGCUUUGAAAACUGAAAUGCCUUCUCCCGAAGUUGUUGCUAGGCUUGGUCCUGGUGGUUCUGAUCAUGAUGGAGUCAGUUUGAGACAAUGGCUAAAAGUUGGACGGCAUAAAGCAAGUAAAAUUAAGUGUUUGAAUAUAUUUAGACAGAUUGUGGAUGGGGUCAGCCAUUCUCACUCUCAAGGAGUUGCCUUGAAGGACUUACGAGCCUCUUCUUUCAGGUUGUUGCCAUCAAAUCAGGUUAAGUACAUUGGGUCUCCUGUUCUCAGAGAAAUGUUAGAUAGUGACGUGGAUCAUAAUACUUUGCACUUGAAUAAUGGUCUUCUGAGAAAAAGGCCCCUAGAGCAGGGAAUGUUUCCCACUGCUGCUUUAUGUGCAAAGAAGCAAAAGUUCAAGGAGAAUGUGAACUUCACUAGGCGGUGGAAUCAUUUCCCUUCUAGACAUGGCUACAAAUUUGAAACUUCACCUGACAGCAGCAUUAGAAUCACUUGGCCACAGGAUUCUUGUAGUGAGUAUAAUGAAGAUAACCCAGGUAGAGAAUGUGAGACUCAGAGCAAGUCCAGCAGUCAUUGUAAGCCUACUAUAGCUCAACAGCACUUGCCGUCUUUAAGUGACCAGUUGGAAGAGAAGUGGUAUAGAAGUCCUGAGGAGCUCGUUGAGGAUGGCUGCACUACUUCUUCGAAUAUAUACUCUCUGGGUGUUCUUCUUUUUGAGCUACUUGGUCGUUUUAACUCCGAAAGAGCGCAUGCUGCAGCAAUGUCAGAUUUGCGUCAUAGAAUCCUUCCCCCUAAUUUUUUAUCCGAAAAUCCCAAGGAAGCUGGAUUCUGUCUCUGGCUAAUUCAUCCUGAGCCAUCAUUGCGCCCAACAACCAGGGAGAUUCUGCAAUCUGAAGUGAUUAAUGGAGUGGAGGAGGUGUGUGCAGCAGACUUAUCAUCAUCCAUUGAACAAGAUGAUGCUGAAUCAGAACUGCUAUCGCAUUUCCUUGUUUCAUUGAAAGAGUGCAAGCAGGAACAUGCUUCCAAGUUAGCAGAAGACAUUAGCUGUUUAGAAGCGGAUAUUGAAGAGGUUGACAGGAGAUGCAGUUUAAAGAACUCAUUUGUUAAUUCUUACUUUCAUGAUGACUCCCUCUAUAGGAGGGAGAACAGGCUCUAUCAUAAAGAACGACCAAGUUUGGAUGUGCUUUCUCAAUCAUCCCCUAUCUCUACUACAAAUGAGUUGAGUUUCUCAAGGAAUAUUGAUCAGCUUGAAAGUGCCUACUUCUCCAUGAGGUCCAAAAUCCAGCUCCCUGAAGGUGAUGCUGCAAUACGCCCAGAUAAGGAUUUGCUGAGAAAUCGUGAGGACUGGCAUUUGGCCCAAAAGGAUGAAGAUAAACAGAUUCCUACAGAUCGUGUCGGAGCUUUCUUUGAUGGUUUAUGCAAGUAUGCUCGUUAUAGUAAGUUUGAAGCGCGUGGGAUACUAAGAAAUGGGGAUUUCAAUAAUUCUGCAAAUGUCAUUUGUUCUCUUAGCUUUGACCGGGAUGAGGACUAUUUUGCUGCUGCUGGGAUAUCAAAGAAAAUAAAGAUAUAUGAAUUUAAUGCACUCUACAAUGAUUCUGUUGAUUUUCAUUAUCCAGUAACUGAGAUUUCAAAUAAAUCAAAGCUCAGUUGUGUUUGUUGGAACAACUAUGUCAAGAACUAUCUGGCUUCAACUGAUUAUGAUGGUGUAGUGAAGUUAUGGGAUGCAAGUACUGGUCAAGUGGUUUCUCAAUUUGCAGAGCACGAAAAGAGGGCUUGGUCUGUUGACUUUUCUCGAGUAUGUCCGACAAAUUUGGCUAGUGGCAGUGAUGAUUGCUCAGUGAAACUGUGGAGCAUUAAUGAGAAGAACUGUUUAGAUACAAUCAAGAACAUUGCAAAUGUCUGCUGUGUUCAGUUCUCCGCUCACUCCUCACAUUUGCUGGCCUUUGGGUCUGCUGAUUAUCGGACUUAUUGCUUCGACAUUCGGUUUUCUAAAAUCCCUUGGUGUGUAUUGGCUGGCCAUGAAAAAACUGUAAGCUAUGUGAAAUUUUUGGACUCUGAAACACUUGUUUCUGCAUCCACUGACAACACAUUAAAGCUUUGGAAUCUCAACAAAACCAGUCCUAGUGGUCUGUCCACUAAUGCUUGCAGCUUAACCCUUAGUGGGCAUACUAACGAGAAGAAUUUUGUGGGGUUAUCCACUGCUGAUGGUUACAUAGCAUGUGGUUCAGAAACGAAUGAGGUUUAUGCUUAUCAUGGAUCUCUGCCUAUGCCAAUUACUUCCCACAAGUUUGGCUCUAUUGAUCCUAUCUCCGGAAAAGAGACCGAUGAAGACAAUGGGCAGUUUGUUUCGAGUGUGUGUUGGAGAGGGAAAUCAGAAAUGGUUGUUGCUGCCAAUUCCAGUGGGUGUAUAAAAGUGUUGCAGUUGGUUUGAGGAAAAGUCAGCUGCCCGAGGACAAGGAGUUGUAGUCUUCAGUGGCUUCUUUAUAAGCUCGUCAGUCCCCCCCCGCCCAAGGCUUUUCCUGGAGGACUAUUUUGCCAUAAUUUAUACGUGGGGGAAGUUCCGAGAAUCUAAAAAGAUUUCUUCAGAUGUAGCUGUUCAUCUGAAGGGCUUAACUCACUUAAAAUCAUUGAUUCUGCUGCAUCUUAGCCCAAGAAAAUCUUGGAAGAGAAGCCAGCAAGAAAUUGCGACCAGAUCUCCACAUCAGAAGAUUGAAAUACUAAAACCACAGAUCUUGUCAUCGAUAGAAGAGGCCAGACAUAUUGCUUUAAGGUGCAAAAUGAUUGAUCCUGAACAACAUGAAUUCAGAACAAAUUCAAGAUAAAUAUAGGAUUUGGGGUGCAGCUGUUCCGGGCAUUUAAUUACUUCCCAACAAGAAAAGACAACAAGUGAUCUUUUCUUUUUCUUUUUUCUUUUUGCAGUUGCUCCCCUGAACAAAAGAUUUGCUUUGAAGUAGUCAUUGCAUAGGUUUUCAUGAAGGACUGACUAGCAUUUGUUAAUCCGAGUGGUUUUUCAGAGACGGCUCAGAACACGGACAGGAACUGUAUUUAAGAAAUGAAUGUCCAUAGUAAGAAAUUAAUAUUGUAAAUCUGUUUAAAUUUGAUGUAUAUGUUUCUUUUAAGAUCUGACAACACAUUCCCAUUCA